AUGAACGCUCAAUCAUUGAAACGUACUUUCGAUCGCCUAUCACCCGAACCCGAUGAGCAGGAACUUACAAAUACAACUGGACUUGAAAAAUAUAUUGAAAAGGAAGUAACAGUUAAACAUGAUUAUAUUAAAUUAUGCAAAAUAAAUUCUAUAUCUACCAUUCAAGAUCUUUGUACAGAGAUUUUUCUUGUAAUUUUUCAAUAUCUACGUCCUCUGGAUAUUCUCUAUUCAUUUAGUCAUCUUUACGAUCAUCUUGAUGCUCUUGUAGAACCAUAUACACCAGCACUUGAUUUUCGUUGUGUAAAUAAAUCCUAUUUUAAAUGUUUAACAAAAUCAUUAUUUCCAUGUUUUACUAAUAAUUUGCAUAUACUUCGUUUAAGUAAUGCAUAUACCUUUGGCCAAAUAAGAGAAACACUUGAUAGACUUGAUUGGUCACAAAUAACUCAACUUGAAUCAUUAACAUUGGAUUUCAUUGAAUUUGAUGAAUUAUUAAAAUAUUUUCAAACUGUUCAUCCAUUGCUACAACAUCUUUGGCGUUUAUCUCUAACAUUUAAUGAAAAUGAUAGAUUAACUGAAAAAUUAAUCAUUGAUGAAAUUUUUAUACCUAUUAAUUCAUUUCAAUCGCUCAAACAUUGUUUUAUUAAUGGUAUUAUAUUCGAUUUGAGUAGAUUAUCCGGUCAAAAAUUACACGGAAAUUUACGUGAAUUAACAAUAACUUUAGCAACAAUAAAUGAUUUAAUGAGUCUCUUUCGAUCGGCAACACAUUUAGAAAUACUUACAUGUACGAUUAUGGACAGUACAGCUAAUGCAAACAUUGAUAAAAUUCAACCGCUUGACGUCCUAAAAAUAUUAACAUUAACUAUUCGGAAAUCAAUGCCAUUCAAAAUGCUAGAAAAACUCUUAAUCUCACAUAGCAAACUAGAAAGAUUAUCAUUAAAAGCUAUUUUAUGUGAUGAGACUACUUCUAUCAGUUACGAUCAAGAAAUAAAUGGAUAUGUUUUAGAAAAACUGUUUCGAACAUUUUUUCAUUUAAAAAAAUUGGAUUUUUAUCUACGCCAUAUACAUAGUCAUAAUAAUGUUACAACAAAUUUUAGGCCUGACUAUUUAUUUUUAUUUUCAUUUACCUCUCGGUUUUGGCUUGAUCGAUCUAUUGAAGUUUCAACACAUUUUGUCCUUCGACCCAAUCAACGCUACAUUUAUACUCUACCAUUUGCUUUCGAUUCAUUUGAUAUUGUUGAUGACAUAAAAGAGUUUUUUUCCAUAGAUUAUCCGUAUCACUAUGCCAACGUUCGUCAUUUGUCACUUUCUUCAAUGUCAAAUCUAGAUCAAUCUAUUUAUUCAAAUAUAAUUUUGAAGUUUUUUCCAAAUAUUCAAACAAUUACAUUCACUGAAAAACCUGCAUUGAACAUGACACUGAAUAUUUUGACUAAUAACCAAUGGAUUCGACAGAAAUCUGGAACGAAUAUCUCAUCAUCCAUAAGUUAUCCAUGUGUAUAUAUUCAUAAUACUCGAAAACAAACCCAUUUACAUGUUCGAACAUUAAAUAUUCCCCAUAAAGAACAAAUAUUAUUAGCCAAUAGCAGUAAACAUAUUCGACAAAUCACGAUUCAUGAAAUGACUCAAGAACAAUCAAUGUGUCUGAGAAAUUUCUUUCCAUGGGUUCAAAUUCUUACACUUUACAUUAGUACGUUAGAUGGAUGUUUUACAUCGAACGAUUGGUUAUAUCAUCUGUUGACUGAUAUGCCAUCAUUAUUUAGUUUAACUAUUUAUUAUCCAAAGUAUCUAAUUGAUGGAACUUUGAGAGAUCUACUUGCUAAUACAUUAUUAACUGUAAAAAAACAUUUCUAUAUUAAAUGUAAUGAUGGAAUAUUAAAUAUUUGGUUUUAA